ACAAUGGAUAUCGAAUGUGAGUUGGAUAGUCAAAUUAAAGUCAAAAACCACGAAGUCCUCACAUGAACAAAUCAGAGAGUGAGCAAACGAAAAGCAGCCAUGUCUCUACUGGGCACUGACGGACGCGGCUACGACCUUGCUCGCAACCUCGAAACCCAUGGAGUAUGGCGAAAAUGGCUCGGCGAUUCCAAUUAUACAAACUUCGUACCUUUUCUCUCUUCACCUUCUUCUUGGGAUUCCUUCAUGAAAACCGAUUCUUCCAAAUCUACUCUUCACAUUCAUCUUCAACUCAGAGUUCGUGCUCUUCUCUUUGAUAAAGCUGCUUCCUCCAUUUCUCUCUCUUCUAACCCUAAUGUCUCCAAACUUAACCCUAAUUUUCUUCAUUUGCAUCCUGAUGAUGUUUACUUCACUCUUGAUAACAAUAAUGCUCCUAGUUCUUCCAACUCCAAGGUUGGAUCGAGAUAUGUUGAUUCUGAGUUGCCUGAAACGUGGUAUAAUCAAGUGAUUGAGAAUUAUAAGGCUAACAAGAAGUUAGUUAUGUGGGACAGAGAAUUGUCACCAAAGCGUUCUCCAGCGGAGAUGGCUUCCUAUAUUAUGCGUAGUAGUAACCGUAAAAAGAGGCGUGUAGUGUUUAAUGAAGAACAACAUCAGGUUAUGGAUCAAUCAAACGGUGGUAAUUUAGUUGAUGGUGAUGACGAUGAGUUUGUUUUUCCGGAGAUAACGUAUGCGUGGAACUCUGUACCUGAGAGUGCAAUUCCAGUGACUGAUAGGGUGGAGAAUAAUAAUAACCAGAAAGAGAGGAUAGUUAGUGUGCUUGAUACAUUGCCUCUUGUUAUGACUCGGAAUGCGGAGUAUGUCAACGGGAAACACGGGGGAGGGUUGUACCGUGGGAAGUUGGUAAGUGAGGGAAAUGAAAUAGUUCUUGGUCGUGAGCAAGCAGUGAAGCUCUCUCAGAAGGUAGUGGCUCGCGUUUUGUUGGGUGCAGGAUUUGAAGCUGCCAUGGAAGGUCCAACUGAAUACUUGUCUGAAGUGAUGAGCAAACGUAUUGUUAAAAUAGGAACCAAUUUGAAAGUACUUGCUGAUAGUUAUAACCAACAGUGCUCUGCCAUUGAUCUUCUAAAGAUGUUGCUUAAAACUGUGGGAUUUAGUAAUUUUGCGCCAUUAGUGGAUGUGGUUAAAGAUGACUCCAGAAAUAUUAUACAACAAGGUCAGCAACGUCCUCAUGGAAUUCAGUCUCAGUUGCAGCAACAACAGCAAAACUCCCUUCGACUACCUCAGCAAGUUCAGAUGCAAAGACAAAUGCAUACACAGAUGCAGCAGAUGAUUAAUCCCCAAAAUCUUGCUUUUCAGCAACAACAACAGCUGCACUUAGAAAGACUAAGAAGCCAACAAUCUACUCCUCGCCCUGCUAUGGACGUAAAUAAGGACAGACAACUGGUUAAAGUCAAACUUGAAAACACAUCAGAUUUACCAAGUGAUAGUAAUGCCUUCAAUUCCAUACAUCAUCAAAUGCAGUUUAGGCAUCAACAGGCUGCAAUGUCAAAUUUCCUUCCUCAAUCUAAUACCCAGUUUAGACAGAUGGGUUCUCCACAGAUUCCCUCACAGAACAAUAUUAGCAUGGUUAGAGCACCUCCUGUGAAGGUGGAGGGCUUCUCGGAAUUAUUUGGUGGGGAUUCUUCAUCAAAGCAUGACUCAGAGGAAAAUAGACUGACUUCUCCCUCUAGUAAAUAGCUUUACUAGUAUUUUAGUCUGCCGUUAUGUGCAGCUUGUUGAGCGUAUAGUUGGAUUGGUCUAUGUCAAAAUUGUCAUGCCCAUGUUGUAAUAUAUCUCAUCUUCAUAACGUAGUCAUCAACCACAUUUUGGACAUCACAACAACUGCACCAUGUUGGAUCAAAUAUAUGUUUAUUAAUGGUUUCUUGUUAUAUUCUACAACAUGUAAAAA